AUGGAGAAGGUGUCUCUCAUUUGCGGCCUGCUGUGCCAGUCCCCUCCGGGGGAGUUCAGCCAGGAUGUCCAAGAUGUCUCUGCUCUGGUCCAAGAUGACAAGCUGGUGAGGCAGGAGGGUGCCCACGUGGGGGUCUGUCACAACAAGAAUGACUUCAUCCCCAUCCAAAUAAACAAGCCCACUGCACUACUAACCCACUACAAUGACUUAGGGGGAAGCUGCUUCUUUGACCCUCAGGACAAAUUCUCGUUUGUGUUUGACCACCUGUGUGGGGUAACCAGCAAACCCCAUUGGCAGGGUGUGAUGCUAGAUGAGGGGCAGCUGUGUCAAGAGGCCCUCCAUGAGCUGCUAUUUCCUUUGGGAAACUGCUGUGUGUUCAAAAAAAGCCUGGGGAAGAAGCAGGUGUUUGUGUCUUGCAUUGAGACUCAGCAGUACCAGCCUUCAAAUCACUGGAACGGCCUUUGGAAUUCAGACUGGGCUUUUGCUCUGACUCCUUUUACCACUCAGGUUACAGGGAUCUUUCUCCUCCAGAUACACAUCUUCAGAGAUGCCAGCCUCCAUGUUACUAUCAGCAAGUCUGGGAGCGAGACUCUAAAUGUGAUAGACCAAAGUCAGCUUGCCACAGAUUUUGCGAAACUUGUGAAAGCUGAGGAUACCAAGUCUCAUGUUGCCAUUCUGGAAAACAUUCAGGCUUUGUCAGGAGAUAUAUGGCGAAAAAGUCUGUGGAACCCUGUCACUCACACUUUCAUGAAUUGGAAUAAACUACUGAAUGAUCAGCAUCUGAACACCAAUGUCUCCAAUAUAGAAAUGCCUCCAUGCACACUAUUUGAAAUGGUCUAA